AGGGACUUCCUUCCUCCGCCGGCACUGGUGUGGAGCAGGGGCUGGUUUAUAAAUGCGAGCUAAACACUUUGCCCAACAAACCCGUCUCGUCCAGGACCGCUGGACCGCGCCACAGCUCCAACAACAGCAGAGGUUGAAACAUGAGGGAUGUAACGGGACUGUUUGCUGCCUUGUUGGUUUUCCUGUUGGGAAGAACCGGCGGGAUAGAGCAGAAUAACGGAUACUGUAUUGGGACCAAGUGUUUCACGGUGGCUCAAGAAUCCAGCGAUUUCCCGACAGCGCAGAGACAAUGUAGAUCUAACGGUGGGCACUUAAUGACAGUGCGCUCAUCUGUAUCACAUGAUGUUCUUUUUAUCUUGUUGGGGAAUUCGACUGGGCGGUUCUGGAUCGGUUUGCAUUUAAGCAGCGGCUGUCCUGAGGUUGGUCCCGAUCUGAGGGGCUUCCAGUGGGUGACCAAGGACAGCCAGAGCGACUUCUUCAACUGGGCGCCGGGCUUUGACACCAGCUGCUCUUCUCCUCGCUGCGUCUCAGUUUCCAGAGCGGGCAACUUUCCAUGGGUCCAGGAGCCAUGUGGCGAGCAGGCGGCCGGGUUCCUCUGUGAGGUCGACUUCAUUAACCCGUGCACUGGUCUGGAGCUUGCACAGGGCGAGUCGGUGGUCUACAGUAACCCCAUGGGGUUCUGGGGCGAGGAUUGGGUGUCUGUGCCCCCUGGAAGCACCGCCACCCGCAUGCCAUCCGAGAUGAAAUACCUCUGCUUCUCGGAGAAGUGGCUGCAGGCGCCCUGGAGCUGCGAGAUCAGCGAGGGCGGGUGUGAGCACAAAUGCGCAACGGACCCGAACCAGGUCCCCGCGUGUUACUGUCCCCAGGGACAAAGCGUCAACCCUGCAAAUAAAAUCACAUGCGAAGUGGGCAUAGCAGACCCGUGCCAGGCCCUGGGCUGCGCGCACGCCUGUUACCCGACCCUGGAUUCCUACGCGUGCUUGUGCGACCACGGCUUCAAACUGGCUGCGGACGGCAGGUCGUGCGUGGACCUGGAUGACUGCACGGACCCGCGCCAGUGUCCCGUAGAAAACUUCAUGUGCGUCAACACCCUGGGUGGGUUCCAGUGCGUCUGCCAGGCUGGAUACACGAUGACCGGCGGGCUGUGCGUGGACCAGGACGAGUGCGCGUCCGCCCCUUGCGAGCAUGCGUGCAAGAACACUCCUGGCAGCUUCUUGUGCUCGUGUUACGAUGGAUAUGAAGUGGAUCCGACGGCCCCGGUCAAGUGUCGGCUCCACUGCGGGAUGGAGCGGUGCGCGGCGGAGUGCGACCCGAAUGACGCGCUCAUCUGCUACUGCCCCCUGGGGUACAUCUCGGAGGAGAUAGAGGGCGUGACCGUUUGCAUUGACAUGGACGAGUGUGAGCUUCAGUUUUGUGAUCAACGCUGUGAAAACAAAUUCGGCGGCUACGUGUGCUCGUGCCAGCGAGGAUAUGAGCUGCAGCACGGGUUCAAUUGCGUAGAAAUUGAAGAUUUCACAGGUGAAGCAGAGACCUCAGCUCCAUUUACAUCGUCGUAUAUACCCUACCCCGACCCGACGAGUCGACCAUCGGGGGUGUCAGUGGGGGCUUUCGUUGGGAUAAUACUGUGUACUGUCUUUUUUAUCGUGUCGCUGGUUUUUCUGGCGCAUCACAUCCUGAACCGCAGAGGGAAGAGUGACAGCGCCAGUGCGCUCCGGGGGCGCGAGGAUGAGGCGCACGGUUUACGUCAACUAACCAGUUACGCUUAAAAACACCUGAG